AUGCCAAAAGUCAUUGGCUACACGCCGCCCUGGCUUUCCAGGCCCUCUCCAGGUGCAAAGAUCUUCUCCGAUCCAGCACCUCAGUCACCCUCCUCUCCAUCCAAACGCGCAUCAUAUUUGACCGCUCCUACCUCUUCGAAUGAUUAUCAAGGUCCCAGAAGGUUGAUUGCGACAAGAGGAACCGAAAUCUUCACAGUGGUGGGAAAUAAAAUCCGCUGGGCAGAUCUUGUAUCUGUACGUGACGACUGGGAAGAUGGAUUUCAAUCUGGCAAUAGUCGCUCAGGUCUAUCUCGUGCCUCCGACUCGGAUACUCAAAAUCAUACAUACCGCACUCUCGAUGUCUCGAUAUACUACAAAAUCCGUCAGAUGGUCAUAUCCCCCUCCGGCUCCUUCCUGGCCAUCUGCACCGAGCAUACUGUCCAUAUUGCGGUCCUGCCACCUUCUUCCAGACUUUCGGAGAAUGACUCCUCUCCCCUGAAACUGAAGACCUACCAAUUAGGACCUACAAUUCACGUCAUCCCAGAGUCCCCACUGGCGUCAGUCCUAUGGCAUCCGCUGGCCUCAUCAUCUAACUCGACAGACUGCAUCGUCACCAUCACCUCCGAAGCUGCUGUUCGAGUAUGGGAGAUUGAUCGGUCUAACAAAUGGUCAUUCGAGCGACCGGCUCUUGCAAUUGACUUGCGGAAAUUGGCCGACGGUGUUUCCUGCGACCAAGACUUUGAACCAUCAGGUUUUGGCAAGACUAGAGGCUUCUCCGUGGAUGAUUUCGAUAUGGAAGUCUCUUCAGCGUGUUUCGGCGGCCAUGGGAGAAGCGAUGAAGACCCAUGGGCAGCAAUGACCCUAUGGGUGGCAAUGCGAAACAGUGAUAUUUACGCCCUUUGUCCUUUGCUGCCUUCAAAAUGGACACCAACGCCUACAACUAUUCCCGCCCUCUCAACAGCUGCUGUAUCACGGAUUGCAUCCAUCUCAAUAGAAAAUACGAACCAAGAUGAACGAAGAGCUGCGGACCAACAGUAUGAGUGGGCCUCGGAGCUGGACAGAGAGGAUACUCAGCUGGUCGAGUCAGCUGACAGCAUUGGCCAGCGUGAAGUGUGUUUGAGGCCCCAAAACCCGAGUGCCAUUCCACGUCUUCAAGGGCCAUUCUCGGUUCAACCAUCGGACGACGACACCGAUAUCGAAAUCUCUGACAUCUACGUGUUUCCCACAAUAAUUGACGAGCAAGAGAUACUCUCAGGAGAGGAUGAUGAGGAUGAUCUUUUCAACUCUUCCGGGACCAUACCUUUCACUACCGUCUGCGUUGCUACCCCAGACAAUGAAUUGUGGUUUGCCAUUGAUCUCGAUGGUGUCACAGGUCAAUGGCUUCCUAAGAAGGGCAGAAGUGCGUUCAGUCUGCCUUCAGCUGAUGCAAAGGAGUUGACAUUGAUCGAUACUUUCGCCUUGGAUGAUUCACUUCCUGGAAAUACCACCAAUUGGCCAACUUUUACAGUCGACGUUGUUCACAAUUACUCCAUCUUCUUGACCUCAACGAACCGAGUCUACUCACUUUCAUUCAACGAUUGGAUUACACGACUUGCUGCUGAAAUGAAUUGUGCUGAGGGAGAAGAUCAUGGUCUCAAGACUCGUUUAGAAACAAGUGCUGCAAGUCCGGUCUGCAUCACGAACAAACUAUUGGAGACAUCUGAACAGUCAGCCGAGGCACUCUCUGCCCCAGCUAUAAUCGAUGACACAGGCUUAGGUUACUUCCUCUUGACCUCAACUCCUACCACACCAUAUGCCGUUUCAUUUGACCAGGCACAUCUUCGUGCUUCAACCAUUGAGCCAUCUUCUCCAGAACUCAGUUCAUUAUCACCCAGUCGUAUACUUGCCCGACUACCCGAGCAACCUGCGAAUGAUGAUAUUGCUGCAUUACCUUCCAGAUCCCCAUAUGCUCCUGCAGGCAUCUUCUACGUCAAUCAUCUUCAACCAUUGGACAAUCUACGUCAACGUCUUCCUCCAAAUCUUAAGAGGGUUCUGGUAGAGAAACCCAUGCGGUUGUCACCGUUCACGCUCGAGAUUAUGACUGCAGCUCAUCGGACUGUGAGCGUCCAGACCUCAGCAUUGGAGAAUGCGGCAUCAGAGCUAUUUCGUCGCUGUGAAAGAUUAAGAGAAGAGCUUGGUGAUCAAGUCAAGCAAAUGACAGAUCUCGCUCAAAGACUUCAACGACUACAGCCCGGUGGCGAGGAGGAUGAGAAAGGGGAAGCUAAAGUAGCGAAAAGCCAUCAAGACCGAAUCGUUGAGGCAAAAGAAAAACAAGCCAAGCUGGUUGCAAGAUAUGAAGCUGUGAGACGUACAGUUGGAAGACUGAGUGGAAGAAAACGAGACCUCAAUAGCAAAGAAACUGCAUGGAUCAAUGAGAUUGACGUUUUGGCAUCGGCCGUGGGAAUCGGCUCCGAUAAAGAGGAAGAAAAGCCAGACAAUGAUAGGUCACGCCUGGAUGCGAGAUUUGAUACGGUAUGUCAAGGUAUCUCGACUUUUCUAAGAAGCACGCUUACCAAAAUUCCCUCACAGGCCAAGAAGCUAUCCAGUUCACUUGUCGAGGAGUCUCAACGGGUGGAAAAGCAAUCUCCCGCCCUCGACCAAAGUGUGUCCUCCCUAUCCGCAUCAACUUCCCUGUCGCGCUCGCGUGCUUCCAUUGGCACAACAGCCAGCAAUGGUGGUAGUGGAAGUGGCAGUGCCUUGUUUGGUGUUUCCAGCCGCCUCCAGAAAGAGCGCAUUGCUGAUGUAAUGGCCAUGGUGGAACGAGAAGGUGCUGUAAUUGAUGCCGUCGUCCAAAGAUUGGAUAAGCUGAAGGUGGAGUACUAG